CGUCUUGUGAGUGCCGCAGUAGUCGUAUGUGGCUGUGGGCUUUGCCGAGGCUACGGCGGUGUUACUAUGUGUCACCCAUCUCCUCCUCGCAGACGUGUAAUAAAAAUAUGUUCGUCGUUUCUUCUUCCCCACCACCCGUCCGCCGACGACAGCAACAGCAUCGCCGCUUCCGUUAUUCAACCGCAACGUGAGUCGUUCCAGAAAUAAACAUCAUCGAACACCACUCGUACCGCAGAGACGCCGUCGUCAUGUACCUACACCUGCGCGCACGCACUCGCACACAUAUGUAGGCACCUAUACACACGGUACGUACACCGUGCCGACACGUACGUCCUAGAUCGUCGUCGUCGUCGUCGUCGUCGUUCGUUCGUUCGUGCGCCUUCUCGCGUUUUUACGGCAUUCGAUCGCGUUUUGGUUUUUUUCACGAGGGCUGCCGGAACAGGGAUGUCGUCGUGAACGCUCGAUUCCGUUCGAUGGACCGAAGUUUGGUCGCCGAAAGGUGAACGGAACGAAACUCGGUCGUAACUGCAGUACACGAGAGACACCGAGCUAUGUCUGUUAUCAUCAACCUUCUGUAUGAUGCAAGAUAAUGACACGAAGGACUCGGCCGAUUAUCGUUAUGAAGCGACCGAAACGGUGAGGAACAUUUUGAAAAGGCAGCUGCUCACCACCGAUUUGUUCCAACAGACGUUUUUGACCACCAUACUCUCUGCGUUAGAUAAUCACACCGUCAACAAUAACAGUACGUUGUGCGUUAUCAAUACGUGGUUGGACACGCUACUUGAUUUCAUCGAAUUCUUACCUGUUGACUGUUUACAAAGAGAGAUUUUACCAUUUGCUAUUGAGAGAAGUGAUCUUUCCAGGCCCGAAUCAUUGCGUUUAAUAAGUUGUAGGAUUUUUGGAUCUCUUGCCCCUAAACUAAAUGCAUAUAUUAUUAAACGUGAAAUAUGGCCAUGCAUUUUAUCACUUUGUCAAGAUGAAAGUGUUCUAGUAAGAAAGACAGUUUGCCAAGAGCUAAGUAAAGUAAGCGCAUUUCUUAAAGACAAUACAGAAAAUUCAAAAGACUGUAUUUUGCUGCCAGCAAUUGUGGAUUUAGCUAAUAAUGCUGAUUAUGGUGUCAAAGUUGCUCUGCUCGAUGUCAUAGUAGACAUAAUACCAUGUUUUCCCAGGGAAAUAAUUGUCACCGUUGUGGUGCCAAUGGUUAAAAAACUAAUUGACACAGAUUUUAAUAAAAGUAAUUUCCUAGUGGUGGCAGUUGCCAAGAAUUUCGGAGUCAUUUGUAAAGCCCUUAAAGAUUAUUUAAGUUUUGAAGAUGUAUCUUGGUUUGUCAAUAAAUAUACAGAUUUAUUGAAAUUUGAUUGUAAAACUGAGUAUAGUAAUAAUGAUCAUAUUAUUUGUGAUAAGCCAUAUUUGACUAUUCAAAAACUCUGUGCUAUCAGUCUUACAGAAAUCAUACUUUUAAGUUCAUCAGACAAGGGUAAUACAACUUUGUUAAUUUAUCUUAUCAAUCAUUUGGUUGAUUUGGUCUCAGAAGAUUAUGUAGAGAUAAGAAUAGCUUUGGUUGAUAUUAUCAAAGAAAUUUUGGUAUCUUUAAAUGAUAAAGUAGUAUUGAUUUCUUCAGUGUUAAUGAAAAUGUUGUCAGAGAGAGACAUAAAAGUUUUAAAAGUAAUGAUUCCUAAUUUAAGCUUUAUGAUUACGAAAAUGAAAUAUCAAGAACAAGUUUUAAAAUCACUGAUGCUCUUAGAAGAAUAUUUAUUUGCCCAAUACAACUGGAGACUGUAUGCAGAGUUUUUGCACCAGGUAAUGGUUUUACCUACAUGCUACACAUCUGACCAAGUAUUUUAUGUUGGAAAAGUAAUGCUCAAUCGAUUGGAAUGUGUUAGACAAAAACCAAUUAGAGAAGCUGUUUGUACGUUGCUAUUGACAAUUUUACGUUAUAAUUUAGAUGAAAGCCAAAGAACACUACUACGUGAACAUCUCAUUGAUCGUACGGUUCAAAAUCCAAAUUUCUACAAAAGAUCAUUUUACAUAUUUAUUUGUCAAGAAGCUUUGAAUAUAUUUUCCACAGCAUAUUUUAAAAAACACUUUUUCUUGCCUUUACUUACUUUAGCAGAUGAUAAGGUUGCAAAUGUUAGAUAUAGCUUAUGUAAUAUAAUGUCCAACAUAGUAAAUAUAUUUAAGAUAUCGACUGAAAAACCUUUAGUUGAUAAAUUGAUUGAUACUAUAAACAAACUUUUAAUUGAUGGAGAUCGAACUGUCCAAGAACAACGUCCACUUUUAGAAUAUUGCAAUACUACAAUUGGUCACAUAUUACGGGGCAAGAAAAUGUCUGAAUACACAGAAACUGAUGAAGAUAUAAUCAAAUUUAGUGAAGAAUCUCGUUUAUUGCUUUUGAAAUCAACUGAACGUAUUCAAUUGGACAAUGGUGGUGUGUUCUUAAGAAGUUUAAUUGAAGAAAAGAUGUUUACGAGCCAAAUAGAUGAAUGUUCAAGAACAUCAAAUGAAGAUGAUGAAGUUACUUUGGUUGGUAAAAAGUCAUUUAUGUUGGAAUCUGAGUUCAUCAAAGACACUGGUGUUUCUAUUAAUAAAAUGAUGGAACAUUCUUCGAAAAUACCUACACCUGUACAUCAAAUAGUUAUUGAUCCACAAAAUGGUAGAUCACUUAAAGAACAAAAAGUAUCUCAUUUGCCAGUUAAAAAAGAUAGAACACUCUCACCGGCAUAUCGAUUACAAAAGAGACAUGAAAGUAGUGAACAUGUGGUAACUCGCUCAACAAAUAUUGCCAAGAGAAAUGCCAAUUUCCGUGGAAAAAGACUUAGUGUUCCUGUGAUGUCUUGCAUCAAUGUUGAUAUAAAGAAAGAUGCAAAUGGUAACCUUGUAAAGUUUGCAGCAAAAAGACCACAAUCUUGUUAUGUAGAUGAAAAUCAAAUUGUUUUGUCAGAAAUAAAAACUGAAAAAUCGUUGUCUGAUGAAUCAUUAGAUAAGAAUUCUAAAAAUAAACCUUUAAGUCGUCUUCCAAUAAGAAAAUCGCAAGGUAAAUAAAAAUAAAAAAUACAGUUUUCCAUUAAGUUAUAAAACGAAACCAAUGAUCUUAUGCCAAAUUGAAAUAUUUUAACUGUGAUAAAUUCAGUAUACGCACAACAAAUUAUAUUGUAGGUACUAAACAGUUUUAAUUUUAAACAUAUGUUUUAACUUUUAAUUACCUUACAUAUCAUAAGUUAGAUGAAUCUAAGUAUAAUUUUAUUACCUUUUACAGUAUUAAAAACAUUUAGAUGAGCUAAUAUAUUCGUAGUUAAUUUAAAAGUGUAAUGUUUUCAUGAAACAAUUACUUUCUUGUUUUUAUAUUUUGAUUCUGAUAUAUUAAAUAUAUAAGCCUAAUUUUACCUAAAGUUAUAUUUUUGUUAAAAUUAGUUUGUAAUUAUUUUUUAAUAAGCGCACAUUGUGGUUUGUUAUAUUGUCUUUUACUACUAAUACAACAAUAAACAUUGUACAGUACAACCUUGAUUAAUCACUCCUCAAUUAACUGCAACUAAUCGUGCAUUUAAGUAAAAUCUUAUCUCCUUAUAUGCUAGCUGGUUUAUCCGAAACUUUCUGGAAAUAUUAACUAGAUAAAUGAUAUAUACAUUUUAUGUAUGAUAUUAAAUCAGUGUAUCUUUGUACUAAAAAUUCAGUUGAUCAUAAUUAUUAAAAAAAUAAUAAAUAAUACAAAUGUUCUAUGUUUAAAAAGGUUUUCUUCUUGUUAAGCCGUAUUUGAUUAUCCAUCAAGGUUUCUGGCCUGGCUUGAGACUAACAAUUAAUAGAGGUUCUACUGUACAAGUAUAAUUAAAAAAAAUAUAUAUUUAGAACAAAAAAAAAAUGGAGUUUAAAAUCAGAUAUUGAAAAUAUUUAUAAUUAGUUUAUAAUCAGCUGACAAAACCUUAAUUUUAUUUUAUAACAAUGUCAUUGUGUCCAUUUUCUACAGUAGUGUUUCCCAAACUUUUUCAUCUUAUGGCGCUCUUUUGGAACUGAAUUUUUCUCAUAACAAUUUUUUUUAGAUAAAAUAAUGAAUAGAAUAUUUUAAAUUUAUUUUUGGAUAGCAUAAGGAUUAGUAUUGCGGCGCUGCUACGCAUAUUUUGGGAAUCGCUGAUCUAUAGAGUUAAAACCUUUCUAUAAACUGAAAUCUAAGUAUCUUAUACAUCGUUCACUGUAAAACUUUAACUGAGGAUUUAAAAAAUAUAUUGUAAAAUCAAAAUUUUAACUGUUUAAAUAAAUAUUUGUUUUAACCAAUAUUUCAUGGCCAUGAUUAUUAUACUUAAUUUAGGUCAUUAGAUUGUUAAAACUGGUUUUUUAAGCUUCUGGUAUUAAUUGUGAUUGCAGUGUAAUUUGGUAAACUGGUUUUUAAAUCCUGAAAUUGAAUAAUAAAAAAAUUCCAUAAGAUUUUUGCAAGUGUAUACAGUAUUACAGUACAUAAAAGACAAAAAUAAUAAAUUCUAAUUUUGCAUCUUAUUGUUAGAAUAUUUAGGUAUUAAUAAUUCUUACCAUUAUAUUGAACAUUAUACUCGUUAAAUAUAUAAAUAAAUAAUAAUGUAAAUUUAAAUGACUAAUUAAAUAUAAGUUGUUAAAUGUUUACAAAUUUA